AUGAAGACUCCAGGAGAACGCCGGAAAACCAAGGCGAGGACCGGCUGCUGGUCGUGUAAGCAGCGCAAGGUGAAAUGCUCAGGUCAGCCCUUUCCCUAUCCCACACGGUGGAAUGGUAUGAUGCCAACAAGCCUCGUCCUGCAAGAAGAAAGACCAGUGUGCAGAUCUUGCGCCCGGUUCCGGCUGCCGUGUCACUACGACCUGCGGCUAAGGUGGCAUACGAAGGCCGCAGACCAGGCGAUCUCUAGCUCUGAUGGUUUCACCUACACUCCGCGGCGGCGCGGGACACCGCUUCACUUUGUGCACUUCAGUACGCAGGACUUUGCCGAUACAGAAACUGGCAGGGGUGUAUUCAUGGACGCCGAGUCAGACGACGACGUGAGUUCCUCAUCCCGAGGUAUGCUGGGGGGUGGUACUGUUUCUACAUCCCCCUCUCCGUCAUCCGCCUAUCUCAUAGUGGAUGAGCCGUCGUGGUUUGCGCCGCUCGAGUUUUCGUCUCCGCUGGACGAUAUCCUUUUCAUGUAUUACGUCAUCGAGAUAUGUCCCAGAUGCACCAUGUUCAACGAUUCCUCCAAUGGAUUCGAAAACAUCAUCAUCCCCCUAUCGACCAACCAUGAGUCGAUUAUGCAUUCCAUUCUCGCUGUCGCAGCCUUCUACAGGUGCCGGGACACAGCGGCGUAUAAAGUCGUCUCAUUGACACAGAAAGAGAACGCACUCAUCUACUUGCGCAGUAAGGUAGCCGCAGGCCUGGUGGAAGACUAUGAUGAGUUGAUCGUUUCGGCUAUUAUGCUGUGUGUUUUCGAGGUCAAAGAUGGGUCCGGUCCGGACUGGGCUAAACACCUCAAUGGGGGCCGCUCUAUUCUCCAAUCCAAAGUUCAGGAGUGCGGCAGCCAGAAGUGGGCUGGAGGGAUUUCCUGGUGGGCCAACAAGUUCUUCGGUUAUCUCGCCGUCAAUUGCGCUACUGGGGAAGAACUGGAGUCUCCGGGGCCGUUGGAAAGACCCGAGUUUUGGCUCAGUCAAGGGUUCGGGGUAGAGAACGCGAAGGAUAUCGACGGCUUUAUGGGCUGCUCAAGUGAAGUCAUGGCUAUUACGGCAGCCGUCUGCAAUCUGGCUAGGAUGAGAAACAAUCACCACAUCGAGGCCAGCGAUAUCGCCUUAAGUGGCAAUGAACUAGAAUGCCGUCUUUUCGAUGUCAGACAGAGGUCGACACAACUCCUCCUUACGAUACAGGAAUUCUCGGACUUGAGGGACAUAGUAGCCAAGCUGCUGGAAGACCAAUCAUCUAUGCCCCGCGCAAAGAUUCUCGCACUGGCGGCAGAGGCGCGACGACAGGCCACAUUCAUUUUACUCUACGUCUGUGUGAAGGAUAUCCCCGUGCAUAGGCUCGAAGUACAGGCUAGAGUCAUGGACUGCCUGCUAUGCAUUACCGCAGUUGCUCAACUGAUGACUGCCGAUGACUCCCCCGUCUGGGGGAUGACGCCCAUCAUCUGGCCCCUCUUCGUCACUGGAGCCUCGGCCUUGAGAGACGAGGACCGCUUCCAAGUGGCGGGGGUCUUGGAUCAAUUACAAAAGUUGAAAUGCCUUGGCAAUGUUGCCCGUGCUAGGACCAUGGUCAAAGCAAUUUGGAAGCAGUAUGACAUGGGGACACAUUUCCGGCAGGCCGAACUAUGGAGGCUAUACGUGGAUCCGAAUGCCAAGUGGCCCUUGAGCCUUGCAUGA